AUGACAGCAAGGUUCCCAUCCCCACCACCGUCGCGAAGUGCCAGCCCUGAGAUCGAACAUGACAUUCGUAAAGGAACUACUACGUUGACAGAGGCACUCGACACGUUACUUGAGCAGUAUCUGGAAUUCCUCGACCGAUACACUAUGCUGCCUCAGGCACAGAGAGCUUCCACGUUAGGCGCAGGCAGGAGAUAUGGUCAGGAUUGCUACGACGAGCGCAUGAAGGCUCAGAGGCGGGUCGAUAUCAGCCAAGAGAGCGGUAAUAGUAGCGACGAGCUGAGUUAUGCUGUGCUCAAAACACAACCGCCAUCGAAAUUAUUAGACAACGGAGUAGAGGAGGCCAAGCAACCCAAGGCAGACACAAAUGCACCAGAAGAGAAAGUGGACGAAGACGUUCACAGCGGUCCCUCUGAGGGAGCCACGCUGCCGGCAGUGAAACCUCCCAAGACAUCCUCUGCAUCAAAGCAAGACCCAUCUUUUCGCGACCCAUUGACUUGGUUUGGUAUUCUUGCUCCACCUGCUUUACGACAGACUCAGUUAAAUUUUAUCCAUGGUGUGGAGGAACUCAUUCCAGAGCUUGCAACGAUCGACACGAGAAUGAGAGCUUUUGAAGAGGAGAUAUGGUCGAGCCGAAAGCUAUUGAACAUACAGACCGAUGAUGCGGAUAACGAGCUUAUUACAGACACGGGUAGAUCUGCUACCGUGGAAGAGGACAAGCAACAAAUUCGCAAGAAAGAGGCUGCUCAAGCAUUGCGAAAGUCCAAUCUGGCUUCGAGGCCUGUACAUGCACGCUCGCAGCUUCUAAAGCUAGGGGACUGA